UGCUCAAUUUAUAUGCAAUUUGUAAUUGUUAUGUAAACUUUCUUUAUAUUUUUUACGUUUUGCCUUUUUUGGUAAAAGAAUAUAAAUCUGUAAUCAUUAUUUUUGUCCACCUCUUCAUUUAUAUCGAUUUUUUUAAAGUUUUGUCACAAUCCGUAGUGUUUCUUGAACCGUUUUCAGUUUUAUCCCAUUCCGUUACUCCCACUAUUCUCUGUUCCUUUACAUUUCGUCUUGAUUUAAAUCCAAAGGCUUUUUGUAUGCAAAGUACCAUUCAACCAUUAAACAAUUGCGAUCUAAGAACUGUUAGUUAGUCAAACUGUAUCUUUAAACUCGAACGGCAAACUGCUACUGUGUGUAUCUUAAUCAAAAAAGUCUGUAAGUGCGGCAGCAAAAAGGCCAUAAAUUAAAACUAAUAAUGGAUCGCUGAAUCCUGAGAUAACAAACGAAAAACUAAAGCGCAAUGAAUGAAUGUGAACACGAAAUCUCGCAGAUACUUACUUCUAGAAAUGUUGUUUAGGUUCAGAUAAUCCAAUUACGUUAACACUGACGAAAGGUCGUAGAAACAUGUAUAAUUGCCUGUCUGGCGCCGUUCUACGCAGUGUAUGCAUAACAUUCGGUGGUGUCAAUGUCAGUGGGCCAGUCAAUCAAUAUAUCGAGCCACGAAUCGAUACAAUAACUUAUUAUUACUAAAAGACUUGCCGAUCGUGAUACUUUUCCGUUAACCACAAAAAGCCUAUUAGUCCAUUAGCCCUCGAAAGACUUUCACAGUUAAUAGAAUUUCCCACUGGUUCUUUAUAUAAUUUGUGGCUGUUCAAUCCUCCGCAAGGUGGUGAGAACGCCGACUCUUGCGCACUUAUGUCAUAGGUUCAGGGGGCAGCUAGCUUGCUAAUGCAGAGCGGUGGCGUAUACUUAAUUUAAUUUGCUUCUGGCAUUCUUGCAGUACAGUGAUAAACGCGCCUUCGUGCAGAUUUAGUCACGGUUUUGAAUUCCCCAAGUUCGCGCAAUCCAAAACAUUUACAGAACGCGUCUUUCUGUUCAAAGAAGCAAAUCAAAAACUCUUGUUUCAAUUUACAAGACUAAUAAUUUUGUAAAAAAGUGGACUGUGUUGUUUGUGAUCGUGGUUCAUUCAAUGCGCAGCGGAAUAAACUGUUUCAAUAAGCUAAACCGAGCUUUAAAGUAAAUUUAAGUCUAUUAUAUUUUAAUGGUAAGUUCUGAUUUAUAAUUGCAAUCAAUUUGAAAAGUUGCCACAAUUAUAGGAAAUAUGUUUAUACAUCUAUGAUGGGUAUCGUUUUCAGAUAGGUCUCUUUUAUUGUUGUCCUUUCAACUCUUAUGGUAUAACAAUUACGUUUGCAAUUUUAAACAAAUAUUUAAGCAAUUGAGUUUAUGUUUUCAACUACCGCAAGCUACAUCUUAAAUAAUUCGAUUUGUGUUUAACCUAUGUAAUAACCCUGUUACUAUACUCGUACUUAACCGUCCAUAGAUGUAAUCUAUGGAUAAGCCAAUUCAUAUUACCUACAAUACUACUUAUAUUAACAUUCGUUUAGCAAUUACUAAGGUUUUUUUCAUUAAGAUAAACACUUUUGGCAUACUUUUGAAUUUCCGAAAUUAAAAAAAAAAUUGAAACCUCACCCGUAUUGGGAUCAGCAAGGAGCUGGGUGACCACCAGUCGUCUUUCUGUCUCCAUAUGAGGAUUCACCGAAGAACACUCCAAUAAACCACCAUGGCCUUCAGUUUGCAAUGUUUAUGUUUGAUUUGUUUCUCGCAAAUAAUUAUCUCUUCAGUUGCUUUUCGUAACUUUAUCAAUCCUUGACGAAAAAGCAUAUUCUUACCAUAUAUAUAAUAAUAUUGAACUGUAACUGAAUGUUAAGUCGAGCCACAUCAAGAUCUCACUGUAGCAUCUUAAUAUAGUGUAUAGCAUUUUAGACUCGUAUUCGUACCCUUUGUCAUAGUUUGCGAUUUUAAAAGCCAACAGCAACAAUUAUAUAGCCACACCAUAUAGUCAACAUUUGAUUUGUUUGCACCCAGACCCACCAACCCAGCGCGCUUCUUGUCAUUAGUUGUUUAUUGAAAGCAUUUAAUAUUGUACGAGUAUGUGACAUAUGAUGUCGUGGUUUGUUGUUUAACUUGCAAUAUCAGCUUAUUUUGCUUUCUGAUUUUGUAAUCAACAUAAACAUUGCUUAAAUAUUUGCAAAACCAAAAUAUGCAAACGUAAUCAGCUCAGCUCAAGAACUUGACUCGAAGCAUUGAAUUUUGUGCAGCAUCCAAGCAAGCAGAAAUGGUCCCAAUAAUCCACGACCUCAUAUGCAGCGUACUUAUGAGACCUAAUGCUGCUCAGCUCAGCUUAGCCAAACUAAAAGUUUGGUUUGGUUCAGCUAAGCUCCUUCUGACAUCUGUUAAUUGCGAAACAGAUAUUUUGAUUUCGCUUCUCAAUUAAAUACUAAAGCAUAAGCAUUAAGUGCAUGUUUGUGCCUACUGCUGGGUUUUGGGCGUAAAGCUUGUAGUAAAAAUAUAUGCAUAUAUAUUUACUUACUUGUAAGUACAUAUGUCUGUAAUACUGCAAGUCAAUUGCACUGUGUACAUAGACUAACCCACUCUAAGGAACAUACGAUUUUAUUUUUUAUUGGUGUUAACUGUGUUUCUAUUGUCAUGUUUUCUACUCUACUUCUACCAAACCAUAUUUUGCCAUCCCCGGAAUGCCUCAAACAGAGCACUUCAGUGUUCAUAGUGUAAAACCCGAAACCUUUACAAAAACCGAUGAACCUGAUAAGCUGCUUCAUAGUAUGGUAGCUCUUCCCGAUAUUCAGAAAUUGUACUCACAAGACACUACCUCAUUUACAGAAAUGAGUACAAGUAGUCAAACACCGAAGAUGACAACAACGACGACCCUGACAGCACAAAUAGAUCGCACCAAAGUAGACUUGACUAUUCCAGAGCAAGAUCAGUUGAAGAAGGAGCUGAAAGAAAAGCCAUCAGUAGAUGUUAAUGCAGACGCAGAGAAAACUGCCAGUGAUAGAGAGUAUUUAGAGCACAUUAUGGGCUGUGGCGAUGUCAGACGCGAGAUAAUGCGCUUGGAAAGCAGUGGAAGCACUGAAUCAUUGGAGUCAAUUGGCAAGCAACCCACUCUGAUUCCAAAAUAUAUAGGCGAAAAUGUGCCAGUGGUGCGACAGGUGGUGCAGAGCAUAGAGGAUAAGAUCUGCAGUACAGCGGUGUCGGCCAUUCCAUUUGCCGUGCAGAAAAGGCAGCCAAACGAAGAUAUUAAGGAAUCUGAUGUAGUAGAGCUAGAAAAGCAAAUACUAACGCCAGCCGACUUGGCCCUGGAAAAGUUAAUUAAGUGUGAAUUACCCGUUGAGGUAGUUAAGCUUUCACCCAUCGAAGCCAUGGAGAAUGUGGGUCUUGGCCUAAAAGAGAUUGAGGAAGAAGUUUGUGAAAAAGUUUGUGAGAAGCGCAAGGCUUUUGUAGUGGCUGAAGACUUAUGUGAAACAGAAAAGACUUUAACAGAACAGGUAAUAGAUUUAAAUAGGCAAGUAGAACAGGUACCUGGAAAGAUUUUAACUGAAACUGUUGAAAAGCACUUAGACUUAGAAGAUAUGGAUAGAACUGAGACAUUACCAAAGGUGAGGGAAGUUGUGCAAGACAUUGAACGCAGAUACCCCAUAGCAAGCCUAGAGGCCAAACCCUUUAGUCCACGAAAACGAGUAAUCCUAGACCGUAAGGCAGACGUUUUAUCCAUAGAGCAGCAAAUUUUAAGCGAUGCCGAUCUUAUUUUAGAUGGUUUGGGCUCUAAGCGUUUACCAGAGCAAAAGGUACACUCUCCCGUUUCUUCUGCAGAAAAGCCAAGCAGCAGUACAGAAAAUCUCGAAGACGUAUGUGAAAAGAAAUGCUCAAAGCGCACAAUCUCAGAUAUGGCAAAGGUCUUUGAAAGGCAACAAGAAGCGGAAACUUCUCCAUUUACAAAAGAUGACAAAUCUGCAACGGCAAUGUUUCUGGAACAUGAAAUCAAUGACGUCGUUAUUACAAAGGGAGUUAAGGAAUUUAGGGCAAAGAGUAUUUUACAUGAAGAUCUAACAGGGAUUGCCGAUAGUCAAAUUAGAUUUUUAACAGAAUGUGAUAAACAAGAAUUUCCAACAGAAUUUAUUAAAGACACAAAAGUCGUAGAGUUUCCAAAAAUUGCACAUACCCUCGAGCGAUUACAUUCCAUUUCGAAAACUGACAUUGCGGAUACUAGGCAGUUUGUCCACGUAGCUAAUAUACACGAAGCGAAAAUGGAUAAGCUGGUUGAGCAUAGAUCACAGGUAACAGCACUAAAAGGUAACCAAAACUUAGAAAAAGAUAUACACGUAAAGUUUCCUACUAACGAUACAUCAGACGAGCUGCAAACGAGCUUGGUCUCCAAGACCGUCGUUUCAAUGACUGAUAACACACAAAAUAGGUUUCCGUCUGAAAUGAAUACUAAUUUAGAUAAAGUGAAAGUUGAAAGUGAUAGCGAUGAAGAGCUGGAUAAUCUCAGAAAAGCAAGCAAACUAAAGCAUUUAUCGAAAAUCGAGGACAGGUAUAUUCUUGAUGCAACUAAAGUUGUCCAAGCGACACAAAAAUCAGAACUAACAAAAUUCCCAGCUGAGUCAGUAAAACCCAGCAGAAUGCAGUAUUCGGACGAUGAAAAUGAUGAGCAGUUUGAAAUCUCAAAGCCCCAAGACAAACUUAUUAGUCAGCCAGCUCCUUUGGUAGCUCCUUCAAUCAGUGCUGGGGAUAAAUCUCCCGUUAAGCCUGAUGAAAAACCAAAGUCGGUCGAGCUCAAAGACGAUAAGAUCCCAACAGAGCUAGACAAACCCAAGUCAAAGAUUGAGUCAGUUAAACCCAGUCCCCUACAGUAUUCGGACGAUGAGAGCGAUGAUGAGGAAGAAGUUCCGAAGCCUCAAGACAAGCCUGUUGGAGUAAUUCCUUUCACUGGUGCUCCUGAUAAAUCUCCUCUCAAAGAAGAUACAAAGCCUAGGGAAGUUAUUUCUUUCAAAGCAGAAGAAAGUUCAACAACAAUUCAAACCAACAUCAAAUCCGUAAGCACCAUUGUAGAUUCAGUAGAUAGCCAGGCCAGCAAACCAUUUGAUCCGUUUGCAAGCUUAAAAGACGAACAGGUCCCAGCCAAGCAAGAAGACAAGCCCAAGUCACCAGCUGAGUCAGUGAAACCAACCCCAACGCAGUAUUCUGACGAUGAAAGUGAUGGGGAGUUUGGAAUCUCAAAGCCCCAAGACAAACUUAUUAGUCAGCCAGCUCCUUUGGUAGCUCCUUUAAUCAGUGCUGGGGAUAAAUCUCCCGUUAAGCCUGAUGAAAAACCAAAGUCGGUCGAGCUCAAAGACGAUAAGAUCCCAACAGAGCUAGACAAACCCAAGGCAACAAUUGAGUCAGUUAAACCCAGUCCCCUACAGUAUUCGGACGAUGAGAGCGAUGAUGAGGAAGAAGUUCCGAAGCCCCAAGACAAGCCUGUUGGUGUAAUUCCUUUCACUGGUGCUCCUGAUAAAUCUCCUCUCAAAGAAGAUACAAAGCCUAGGGAAGUUAUUUCUUUCAAAGCAGAAGAAAGUUCAACAACAAUUCAAACCAAAAUCAAAUCCGUAAGCACCAUUGUAGAUUCAAUAGAUAGCCAGGCCAGCAAACCAUUUGAUCCGUUUGCAAGCAUAAAAGACGAACAGGUCCCAUCCAAGCAAGAAGACAAGCCCAAGUCACCAGCUGAGUCAGUGAAACCAACCCCAACACAGUAUUCUGACGAUGAAAGUGAUGAGGAGUUUGGAAUUUCAAAGCCCCAAGACAAACCUAUUAGUCAGCCAGCUCCUUUGGUAGCUCCUUCAAUCAGUGCUGGGGAUAAAUCUCCCGUUAAGCCUGAUGAAAAACCAAAGAUGGUCGAGCUCAAAGACGAUAAGAUCCCAACAGAGCUAGAUAAACCCAAGUCAACAAUUGAGUCAGUUAAACCCAGUCCCCUACAGUAUUCGGACGAUGAGAGCGAUGAUGAGGAAGAAGUUCCGAAGCCCCAAGACAAGCCUGUUGGUGUAAUUCCUUUCACUGGUGCUCCUUAUAAAUCUCCUCUCAAAGAAGAUACAAAGCCUAGGGAAGUUAUUUCUUUCAAAGCAGAAGAAAGUUCAACAACAAUUCAAACCAAAAUCAAAUCCGUAAGCACCAUUGUAGAUUCAGUAGAUAGCCAGGCCAGCAAACCAUUUGAUCCGUUUGCAAGCUUAAAAGACGAACAGGUCCCAGCCAAGCAAGAAGACAAGCCCAAGUCACCAGCUGAGUCAGUGAAACCAACCCCAACGCAGUAUUCUGACGAUGAAAGUGAUGGGGAGUUUGGAAUUUCAAAGCCCCAAGACAAACCUAUUAGUCAGCCAGCUCCUUUGGUAGCUCCUUCAAUCAGUGCUGCGGAUAAAUCUCCCGUUAAGCCUGAUGAAAAACCAAAGUCGGUCGAGCUCAAAGACGAUAAGAUCCCAACAGAGCUAGACAAACCCAAGGCAACAAUUGAGUCAGUUAAACCCAGUCCCCUACAGUAUUCGGACGAUGAGAGCGAUGAUGAGGAAGAAGUUCCGAAGCCCCAAGACAAGCCUGUUGGUGUAAUUCCUUUCACUGGUGCUCCUGAUAAAUCUCCUCUCAAAGAAGAUACAAAGCCUAGGGAAGUUAUUUCUUUCAAAGCAGAAGAAAGUUCAACAACAAUUCAAACCAAAAUCAAAUCCGUAAGCACCAUUGUAGAUUCAAUAGAUAGCCAGGCCAGCAAACCAUUUGAUCCGUUUGCAAGCAUAAAAGACGAACAGGUCCCAUCCAAGCAAGAAGACAAGCCCAAGUCACCAGCUGAGUCAGUGAAACCAACCCCAACACAGUAUUCUGACGAUGAAAGUGAUGAGGAGUUUGGAAUUUCAAAGCCCCAAGACAAACCUAUUAGUCAGCCAGCUCCUUUGGUAGCUCCUUCAAUCAGUGCUGGGGAUAAAUCUCCCGUUAAGCCUGAUGAAAAACCAAAGAUGGUCGAGCUCAAAGACGAUAAGAUCCCAACAGAGCUAGAUAAACCCAAGUCAACAAUUGAGUCAGUUAAACCCAGUCCCCUACAGUAUUCGGACGAUGAGAGCGAUGAUGAGGAAGAAGUUCCGAAGCCCCAAGACAAGCCUGUUGGUGUAAUUCCUUUCACUGGUGCUCCUUAUAAAUCUCCUCUCAAAGAAGAUACAAAGCCUAGGGAAGUUAUUUCUUUCAAAGCAGAAGAAAGUUCAACAACAAUUCAAACCAAAAUCAAAUCCGUAAGCAAUAUUGUAGAUUCAGUAGAUAGCCAGGCCAGAAAACCAUUUGAUCCGUUUGCAAGCUUAAAAGACGAACAGGUCCCAGCCAAGCAAGAAGACAAGCCCAAGUCACCAGCUGAGUCAGUGAAACCAACCCCAACGCAGUAUUCUGACGAUGAAAGUGAUGGGGAGUUUGGAAUUUCAAAGCCCCAAGACAAACCUAUUAGUCAGCCAGCUCCUUUGGUAGCUCCUUCAAUCAGUGCUGGGGAUAAAUCUCCCGUUAAGCCUGAUGAAAAACCAAAGAUGGUCGAGCUCAAAGACGAUAAGAUCCCAACAGAGCUAGAUAAACCCAAGUCAACAAUUGAGUCAGUUAAACCCAGUCCCCUACAGUAUUCGGACGAUGAGAGCGAUGAUGAGGAAGAAGUUCCAAAGCCCCAAGACAAGCCUGUUGGUGUAAUUCCUUUCACUGGUGCUCCUUAUAAAUCUCCUCUCAAAGAAGAUACAAAGCCUAGGGAAGUUAUUUCUUUCAAAGCAGAAGAAAGUUCAACAACAAUUCAAACCAAAAUCAAAUCCGUAAGCAAUAUUGUAGAUUCAGUAGAUAGCCAGGCCAGCAAACCAUUUGAUCCGUUUGCAAGCUUAAAAGACGAACAGGUCCCAGCCAAGCAAGAAGACAAGCCCAAGUCACCAGCUGAGUCAGUGAAACCAACCCCAACGCAGUAUUCUGACGAUGAAAGUGAUGGGGAGUUUGGAAUUUCAAAGCCCCAAGACAAACCUAUUAGUCAGCCAGCUCCUUUGGUAGCUCCUUCAAUCAGUGCUGGGGAUAAAUCUCCCGUUAAGCCUGAUGAAAAACCAAAGUCGGUCGAGCUCAAAGACGAUAAGAUCCCAACAGAGCUAGACAAACCCAAGUCAACAAUUGAGUCAGUUAAACCCAGUCCCCUACAGUAUUCGGACGAUGAGAGCGAUAAUGAGGAAGAAGUUCCAAAGCCCCAAGACAAGCGUGUUGGUAUAAUUCCUUUCACUGGUGCUCCUGAUAAAUAUCCUCUCAAAGAAGAUACAAAGCCUAGGGAAGUUAUUUCUUUCAAAGCAGAAGAAAGUUCAACCACAAUUCAAACCAACAUCAAAUCUGUAAGCACCAUUGUAGAUUCAGUAGAUAACCAGGCCAGCAAACCAUUUGAAUCGUUUGCAAGCUUAAAAGACGAACAGGUCCAAACCAAGCAAGCAGACAAGCCCAAGUCACCAGCUAAGACAGUGAAACCAACCUCAACGCGGUAUUCUGACGAUGAAAGUGAUGAGGAGUUUGGAAUUUCAAAGCCCCAAGACAAACCUAUUAGUCAGCCAGCUCCUUUGGUAGCUCCUUCAAUCAAUGCUGGGGAUAAAUCUCCCGUUAAGCCUGAUGAAAAACCAAAGUCGAUCGAGCUCAAAGACGAUAAGAUCCCAACAGAGCUAGACAAACCCAAGUCAAUAAUUGAGUCAGUUAAACCCAGUCCCCAACAGUAUUCGGACGAUGAGAGCGAUGAUGAGGAAGAAGUUCCAAAGCCCCAAGACAAGCCUGUUGGUGUAAUUCCUUUCACUGGUGCUCCUGAUAAAUCUCCUUUUAAAAAAGAUACAAAGCCUAGGGAAGUUAUUUCUUUCAAAGCAGAAGAAAGUUCAACCACAAUUCAAACCAACAUCAAAUCUGUAAGCACCAUUGUAGAUUCAGUAGAUAGCCAGGCCAGCAAACCAUUUGAUCCGUUUGCAAGCAUAAAAGACGAACAGGUCCCAUCCAAGCAAGAAGACAAGCCCAAGUCACCAGCUGAGUCAGUGAAACCAACCCCAACGCAGUAUUCUGACGAUGAAAGUGAUGAGGAGUUUGGAAUUUCAAAGCCCCAAGACAAACCUAUUAGUCAGCCAGCUCCUUUGGUAGCUCCUUCAAUCAGUGCUGGGGAUAAAUCUCCCGUUAAGCCUGAUGAAAAACCAAAGUCGGUCGAGCUCAAAGACGAUAAGAUCCCAACAGAGCUAGACAAACCCAAGUCAACAAUUGAGUCAGUUAAACCCAGUCCCCUACAGUAUUCGGACGAUGAGAGCGAUGAUGAGGAAGAAGUUCCGAAGCCUCAAGACAAGCCUGUUGGAGUAAUUCCUUUCACUGGUGCUCCUGAUAACUCUCCUCUCAAAGAAGAUACAAAGCCUAGGGAAGUUAUUUCUUUCAAAGCAGAAGAAAGUUCAACAACAAUUCAAACCAACAUCAAAUCUGUAAGCACCAUUGUAGAUUCAGUAGAUAGCCAGGCCAGCAAACCAUUUGAUCCGUUUGCAAGCUUAAAAGACGAACAGGUCCCAACCAAACAAGAAGACAAGCCCAAGUCGCCAGCUGAGUCAGUGAAACCAACCCCAACGCAGUAUUCUGACGAUGAAAGUGAUGAGGAGUUUGGAAUUUCAAAGCCCCAAGACAAACCUGUUAGUCAGCCAGCUCCUUUGGUAGCUCCUUCAAUCAGUGCUGGGGAUAAAUCUCCCGUUAAGCCUGAUGAAAAACCAAAGUCGGUCGAGCUCAAAGACGAUAAGAUCCCAACAGAGCUAGACAAACCCAAGUUAACAAUUGAGUCAGUAAAACCCAGUCCCCUACAGUAUUCGGACGAUGAGAGCGAUGAUGAGGAUGAAGUUCCGAAGCCCCAAGACAAGCCUGUUGGAGUAAUUCCUUUCACUGGUGCUCCUGAUAAAUCUCCUCUCAAAGAAGAUACAAAGCCUAGGGAAGUUAUUUCUUUCAAAGCAGAAGAAAGUUCAACCACAAUUCAAACCAACAUCAAAUCCGUAAGCACUAUUGUAGAUUCAGUAGAUAGCCAGGCCAGCAAACCAUUUGAUCCGUUUGCAAGCGUAAAAGACGAACAGGUCCCAACCAAGCAAGAAGACAAGCCCAAGUCACCAGCUGAGUCAGUGAAACCAACCUCAACGCAGCAUUCUGACGAUGAAAGUGAUGAGGAGGAUGGAAUUUCAAAGCCCCACGACAAACCUGUUAGUCAGCCAGCUCCUUUGGUAGCUCCUUCAAUCAGUGCUGGGGAUAAAUCUCCCGUUAAGCCUGAUGAGAAACCAAAGUCGGUCGAGCUCAAAGACGAUAAGAUCCCAACAGAGCUAGACAAACCCAAGUCAACAAUUGAGUCAGUAAAACCCAGUCCCCUACAGCAUUCGGACGAUGAGAGCGAUAAUGAGGAAGAAGUUCCAAAGCCCCACGACAAGCCUGUUGGAGUAAUUCCUUUCACUGGUGCUCCUGAUAAAUCUCCUCUCAAAGAAGAUACAAAGCCUAGGGAAGUUAUUUCUUUCAAAGCAGAAGAAAGUUCAACAACAAUUCAAACAAAAAUCAAAUCCGUAAGCACCAUUGUAGAUUCAGUAGAUAGCCAGGCCAGCAAACCAUUUGAUCCGUUUGCAAGCGUAAAAGACGAACAGGUCCCAACCAAGCAAGAAGACAAGCCCAAGUCACCAGCUGAGUCAGUGAAACCAACCCCAACGCAGUAUUCUGACGAUGAAAGUGAUGAGGAGCUUGGAAUUUCAAAGCCCCAAGACAAACCUGUUAGUCAGCCAGCUCCUUUCGUAGCUCCUUCAAUCAGUGCUGGGGAUAAAUCUCCCGUUAAGCCUGAUGAAAAACCAAAGUCGGUCGAGCUCAAAGACGAUAAGAUCCCAACAGAGCUAGACAAACCCAAGUCAACAAUUGAGUCAGUUAAACCCAGUCCCCUACAGUAUUCGGACGAUGAGAGCGAUGAUGAGGAUGAAGUUCCGAAGCCCCAAGACAAGCCUGUUGGAGAAAUUCCUUUCACUGGUGCUCCUGAUAAAUCUCCUCUUAAAGAAGAUACAAAGCCUAGGGAAGUUAUUUCUUUCAAAGCAGAAGAAAGUUCAACAACAAUUCAAACCAACAUCAAAUCUGUAAGCACCAUUGUAGAUUCAGUAGAUAGCCAGGCCAGCAAGCCAUUUGAUCCGUUUGCAAGCGUAAAAGACGAACAGGUCCCAACCAAGCAAGAAGACAAGCCCAAGUCACCAGCUGAGUCAGUGAAACCAACCCCAACGCAGUAUUCUGACGAUGAAAGUGAUGGGGAGUUUGGAAUUUCAAAGCCCCAAGACAAACCUAUUAGUCAGCCAGCUCCUUUGGUAGCUCCUUCAAUCAGUUCUGGGGAUAAAUCUCCCGUUAAGCCUGAUGAAAAACCAAAGUCGGUCGAGCUCAAAGACGAUAAGAUCCCAACAGAGCUAGAUAAACCCAAGUCAACAAUUGAGUCAGUUAAACCCAGUCCCCUACAGUAUUCGGACGAUGAGAGCGAUGAUGAGGAAGAAGUUCCAAAGCCCCAAGACAAGCCUGUUGGUGUAAUUCCUUUCACUGGUGCUCCUGAUAAAUCUCCUCUCAAAGAAGAUACAAAGCCUAGGGAAGUUAUUUCUUUCAAAGCAGAAGAAAGUUCAACCACAAUUCAAACCAACAUGAAAUCCGUAAGCACCAUUGUAGAUUCAUUAGAUAGCCAGGCCAGCAAACCAUUUGAUCCGUUUGCAAGCGUAAAAGACGAUCAGGUCCCAACCAAGCAAGAAGACAAGCCCAAGUCACCAGCUGAGUCAGUGAAACCAACCCCAAUGCAGUAUUCUGACGAUGAAAGUGAUGAGGAGUUUGAAAUUUCAAAGCCCCAAGACAAACCUUUUAGUCAGCCAGCUCCUUUGGUAGCUCCUUUAAUCAGUGCUGGGGAUAAAUCUCCCGUUAAGCCUAAUGAAAAACCAAAGUCGGUCGAGCUCAAAGACGAUAAGAUCCCAACAGAGCUAGACAAACCCAAGUCAACAAUUGAGUCAGUUAAACCCAGUCCCCUACAGUAUUCCGACGAUGAGAGCGAUGAUGAGGAAGAAGUUCCAAAGCCCCAAGACAAGCCUGUUGGUGUAAUUCCUUUCACUGGUGCUCCUGAUAAAUCUCCUCUCAAAGAAGUUACAAAGCCUAGGGAAGUUAUUUCUUUCAAAGCAGAAGAAAGUUCAACCACAAUUCAAACCAACAUCAAAUCUGUAAGCACCAUUGUAGAUUCAGUAGAUAGCCAGGCCAGCAAACCAUUUGAUCCGUUUGCAAGCAUAAAAGACGAACAGGUCCCAACCAAGCAAGAAGACAAGCCCAAGUCACCAGCUGAGUCAGUGAAACCUAGCCCAACUCAGUAUUCGGACGAUGAAAGUGAUGAGGAGUUUGGAAUUUCAAAGCCCCACGACAAACCUGUUAGUCAGCCAGCUCCUUUGGUAGCUCCUUUAAUCAGUGCUGGGGAUAAAUCUCCCGUUAAGCCUAAUGAAAAACCAAAGUCGGUCGAGCUCAAAGACGAUAAGAUCCCAACAGAGCUAGACAAACCCAAGUCAACAAUUGAGUCAGUUAAACCCAGUCCCCUACAGUAUUCGGACGAUGAGAGCGAUGAUGAGGAAGAAGUUCCAAAGCCCCAAGACAAGCCUGUUGGUGUAAUUCCUUUCACUGGUGCUCCUGAUAAAUCUCCUCUCAAAGAAGAUACAAAGCCUAGGGAAGUUAUUUCUUUCAAAGCAGAAGAAAGUUCAACCACAAUUCAAACCAACAUCAAAUCUGUAAGCACCAUUGUAGAUUCAGUAGAUAGCCAGGCCAGCAAACCAUUUGAUCCGUUUGCAAGCAUAAAAGACGAACAGGUCCCAUCCAAGCAAGAAGACAAGCCCAAGUCACCAGCUGAGUCAGUGAAACCUAGCCCAACUCAGUAUUCGGACGAUGAAAGUGAUGAGGAGUUUGGAAUUUCAAAGCCCCAAGACAAACCUGUUAGUCAGCCAGCUCCUUUGGUAGCUCCUUCAAUCAAUGCUGGGGAUAAAUCUCCUGUUAAGCCUGAUGAAGAACCAAAGUCGGUCGAGCUCAAAGACGAUAAGAUCCCAACAGAGCUAGACAAACCCAAGUCAACAAUUGAGUCAGUUAAACCCAGUCCCCUACAGUAUUCGGACGAUGAGAGCGAUGAUGAGGAAGAAGUUCCAAAGCCCCAAGACAAGCCUGUUGGUGUAAUUCCUUUCACUGGUGCUCCUGAUAAAUCUCCUCUCAAAGAAGAUACAAAGCCUAGGGAAGUUAUUUCUUUCAAAGCAGAAGAAAGUUCAACCACAAUUCAAACCAACAUCAAAUCUGUAAGCACCAUUGUAGAUUCAGUAGAUAGCCAGGCCAGCAAACCAUUUGAUCCGUUUGCAAGCAUAAAAGACGAACAGGUCCCAUCCAAGCAAGAAGACAAGCCCAAGUCACCAGCUGAGUCAGUGAAACCUAGCCCAACUCAGUAUUCGGACGAUGAAAGUGAUGAGGAGUUUGGAAUUUCAAAGCCCCAAGACAAACCUGUUAGUCAGCCAGCUCCUUUGGUAGCUCCUUUAAUCAGUGCUGGGGAUAAAUCUCCCGUUAAGCCUAAUGAAAAACCAAAGUCGGUCGAGCUCAAAGACGAUAAGAUCCCAACAGAGCUAGACAAACCCAAGUCAACAAUUGAGUCAGUUAAACCCAGUCCCCUACAGUAUUCGGACGAUGAGAGCGAUGAUGAGGAAGAAGUUCCAAAGCCCCAAGACAAGCCUGUUGGUGUAAUUCCUUUCACUGGUGCUCCUGAUAAAUCUCCUCUCAAAGAAGAUACAAAGCCUAGGGAAGUUAUUUCUUUCAAAGCAGAAGAAAGUUCAACCACAAUUCAAACCAACAUCAAAUCUGUAAGCACCAUUGUAGAUUCAGUAGAUAGCCAGGCCAGCAAACCAUUUGAUCCGUUUGCAAGCAUAAAAGACGAACAGGUCCCAUCCAAGCAAGAAGACAAGCCCAAGUCACCAGCUGAGUCAGUGAAACCUAGCCCAACUCAGUAUUCGGACGAUGAAAGUGAUGAGGAGUUUGGAAUUUCAAAGCCCCAAGACAAACCUAUUAGUCAGCCAGCUCCUUUGGUAGCUCCUUCAAUCAAUGCUGGGGAUAAAUCUCCUGUUAAGCCUGAUGAAGAACCAAAGUCGGUCGAGCUCAAAGACGAUAAGAUCCCAACAGAGCUAGACAAACCCAAGUCAACAAUUGAGUCAGUUAAACCCAGUCCCCUACAGUAUUCGGACGAUGAGAGCGAUGAUGAGGAAGAAGUUCCAAAGCCCCAAGACAAGCCUGUUGGUGUAAUUCCUUUCACUGGUGCUCCUGAUAAAUCUCCUCUCAAAGAAGAUACAAAGCCUAGGGAAGUUAUUUCUUUCAAAGCAGAAGAAAGUUCAACCACAAUUCAAACCAAAGUCAAAUCCGUAAGCACCAUUGUAGAUUCAGUAGAUAGCCAGGCCAGCAAACCAUUUGAUCCGUUUGCAAGCAUAAAAGACGAACAGGUCCCAUCCAAGCAAGAAGACAAGCCCAAGUCACCAGCUGAGUCAGUGAAACCUAGCCCAACUCAGUAUUCGGACGAUGAAAGUGAUGAGGAGUUUGGAAUUUCAAAGCCCCAAGACAAACCUAUUAGUCAGCCAGCUCCUUUGGUAGCUCCUUCAAUCAAUGCUGGGGAUAAAUCUCCUGUUAAGCCUGAUGAAGAACCAAAGUCGGUCGAGCUCAAAGACGAUAAGAUCCCAACAGAGCUAGACAAACCCAAGUCAACAAUUGAGUCAGUUACACCCAGUCCCCUACAGUACUCGGGCGAUGAGAGCGAUGAUGAGGAAGAAGUUCCAAAGCCCCAAUACAAGCCUGUUGGUGUAAUUCCUUUCACUGGUGCUCCUGAUAAAUCUCCUCUCAAAGAAGAUACAAAGCCUAGGGAAGUUAUUUCUUUCAAAGCAGAAGAAAGUUCAACCACAAUUCAAACCAACAUCAAAUCUGUAAGCACCAUUGUAGAUUCAGUAGAUAGCCAGGCCAGCAAACCAUUUGAUCCGUUUGCAAGCAUAAAAGACGAACAGGUCCCAUCCAAGCAAGAAGACAAGCCCAAGUCACCAGCUGAGUCAGUGAAACCUAGCCCAACUCAGUAUUCGGACGAUGAAAGUGAUGAGGAGUUUGGAAUUUCAAAGCCCCAAGACAAACCUAUUAGUCAGCCAGCUCCUUUGGUAGCUCCUUCAAUCAAUGCUGGGGAUAAAUCUCCUGUUAAGCCUGAUGAAGAACCAAAGUCGGUCGAGCUCAAAGACGAUAAGAUCCCAACAGAGCUAGACAAACCCAAGUCAACAAUUGAGUCAGUUAAACCCAGUCCCCUACAGUAUUCGGACGAUGAGAGCGAUGAUGAGGAAGAAGUUCCAAAGCCCCAAGACAAGCCUGUUGGUGUAAUUCCUUUCACUGGUGCUCCUGAUAAAUCUCCUCUCAAAGAAGACACAAAGCCUAGGGAAGUUAUUUCUUUCAAAGCAGAAGAAAGUUCAACAACAAUUCAAACCAACAUCAAAUCUGUAAGCACCAUUGUAGAUUCAGUAGAUAGCCAGGCCAGCAAACCAUUUGAUCCGUUUGCAAGCAUAAAAGACGAACAGGUCCCAUCCAAGCAAGAAGACAAGCCCAAGUCACCAGCUGAGUCAGUGAAACCUAGCCCAACUCAGUAUUCGGACGAUGAAAGUGAUGAGGAGUUUGGAAUUUCAAAGCCCCAAGACAAACCUAUUAGUCAGCCAGCUCCUUUGGUAGCUCCUUCAAUCAAUGCUGGGGAUAAAUCUCCUGUUAAGCCUGAUGAAGAACCAAAGUCGGUCGAGCUCAAAGACGAUAAGAUCCCAACAGAGCUAGACAAACCCAAGUCAACAAUUGAGUCAGUUACACCCAGUCCCCUACAGUACUCGGGCGAUGAGAGCGAUGAUGAGGAAGAAGUUCCAAAGCCCCAAGACAAGCCUGUUGGUGUAAUUCCUUUCACUGGUGCUCCUGAUAAAUCUCCUCUCAAAGAAGAUACAAAGCCUAGGGAAGUUAUUUCUUUCAAAGCAGAAGAAAGUUCAACCACAAUUCAAACCAACAUCAAAUCUGUAAGCACCAUUGUAGAUUCAGUAGAUAGCCAGGCCAGCAAACCAUUUGAUCCGUUUGCAAGCAUAAAAGACGAACAGGUCCCAUCCAAGCAAGAAGACAAGCCCAAGUCACCAGCUGAGUCAGUGAAACCUAGCCCAACUCAGUAUUCGGACGAUGAAAGUGAUGAGGAGUUUGGAAUUUCAAAGCCCCAAGACAAACCUAUUAGUCAGCCAGCUCCUUUGGUAGCUCCUUCGAUCAAUGCUGGGGAUAAAUCUCCUGUUAAGCCUGAUGAAGAACCAAAGUCGGUCGAGCUCAAAGACGAUAAGAUCCCAACAGAGCUAGACAAAAACAAGUCAACAAUUGAGUCAGUUAAACCCAGUCCCCUACAGUAUUCGGACGAUGAGAGCGAUGAUGAGGAAGAAGUUCCAAAGCCCCAAGACAAGCCUGUUGGUGUAAUUCCUUUCACUGGUGCUCCUGAUAAAUCUCCUCUCAAAGAAGACACAAAGCCUAGGGAAGUUAUUUCUUUCAAAGCAGAAGAAAGUUCAACAACAAUUCAAACCAACAUCAAAUCUGUAAGCACCAUUGUAGAUUCAGUAGAUAGCCAGGCCAGCAAACCAUUUGAUCCGUUUGCAAGCAUAAAAGACGAACAGGUCCCAUCCAAGCAAGAAGACAAGCCCAAGUCACCAGCUGAGUCAGUGAAACCAACCCCAACGCAGUAUUCUGACGAUGAAAGUGAUGAGGAGUUUGGAAUUUCAAAGCCCCAAGACAAACCUAUUAGUCAGCCAGCUCCUUUGGUAGCUCCUUCAAUCAGUGCUGGGGAUAAAUCUCCCGUUAAGCCUGAUGAAAAACCAAAGUCGGUCGAGCUCAAAGAUGAUAAGAUCCCAACAGAGCUAGAUAAACCCAAGUCAACAAUUGAGUCAGUUAAACCCAGUCCUCUACAGUAUUCGGACGAUGAGAGCGAUAAUGAGGAAGAAGUUCCGAAGCCCCAAGACAAGCCUGUUGGUAUAAUUCCUUUCACUGGUGCUCCUGAUAAAUCUCCUCUCAAAGAAGUUACAAAGCCUAGGGAAGUUAUUUCUUUCAAAGCAGAAGAAAGUUCAACAACAAUUCAAACCAACAUGAAAUCCGUAAGCACCAUUGUAGAUUCAGUAGAUAGCCAGGCCACCAAACCAUUUGAUCCGCUUGCAAGCAUAAAAGACGAACAGGUCCCAUCCAAGCAAGAAGACAAGCCCAAGUCACCAGCUGAGUCAGUGAAACCAACCCCAACGCAGUAUUCUGACGAUGAAAGUGAUGAGGAGUUUGGAAUUUCAAAGCCCCAAGACAAACCUAUUAGUCAGCCAGCUCCUUUGGUAGCUCCUUCAAUCAGUGCUGGGGAUAAAUCUCCCGUUAAGCCUGAUGAAAAGCCAAAGUCGGUCGAGCUCAAAGACGAUAAGAUCCCAACAGAGCUAGACAAACCCAAGUCAACAAUUGAGUCAGUUAAACCCAGUCCCCUACAGUAUUCGGACGAUGAGAGCGAUGAUGAGGAAGAAGUUCCAAAGCCCCAAGACAAGCCAGUUGGUGUAAUUCCUUUCACUGGUGCUCCUGAUAAAUCUCCUCUCAAAGAAGAUACAAAGCCUAGGGAAGUUAUUUCUUUCAAAGCAGAAGAAAGUUCAACAACAAUUCAAACCAACAUCAAAUCCGUAAGCACCAUUGUAGAUUCAGUAGAUAGCCAGGCCAGCAAACCAUUUGAUCCGUUUGCAAGCAUAAAAGACGAACAGGUCCCAUCCAAGCAAGAAGACAAGCCCAAGUCACCAGCUGAGUCAGUGAAACCUAGCCCAACUCAGUAUUCUGACGAUGAAAGUGAUGAGGAGUUUGGAAUUUCAAAGCCCCAAGACAAACCUAUUAGUCAGCCAGCUCCUUUGGUAGCUCCUUCAAUCAGUGCUGGGGAUAAAUCUCCCGUUAAGCCUGAUGAAAAACCAAAGUCGGUCGAGCUCAAAGACGAUAAGAUCCCAACAGAGCUAGACAAACCCAAGUCAACAAUUGAGUCAGUUAAACCCAGUCCCCUACAGUAUUCGGACGAUGAGAGCGAUGAUGAGGAAGAAGUUCCAAAGCCCCAAGACAAGCCUGUUGGUGUAAUUCCUUUCACUGGUGCUCCUGAUAAAUCUCCUCUCAAAGAAGUUACAAAGCCUAGGGAAGUUAUUUCUUUCAAAGCAGAAGAAAGUUCAACCACAAUUCAAACCAACAUCAAAUCUGUAAGCACCAUUGUAGAUUCAGUAGAUAGCCAGGCCAGCAAACCAUUUGAUCCGUUUGCAAGCAUAAAAGACGAACAGGUCCCAUCCAAGCAAGAAGACAAGCCCAAGUCACCAGCUGAGUCAGUGAAACCAACCCCAACGCAGUAUUCUGACGAUGAAAGCGAUGAGGAGUUUGGAAUUUCAAAGCCCCAAGACAAACCUAUUAGUCAGCCAGCUCCUUUGGUAGCUCCUUCAAUCAGUGCUGGGGAUAAAUCUCCCGUUAAGCCUGAUGAAAAACCAAAGUCGGUCGAGCUCAAAGACGAUAAGAUCCCAACAGAGCUAGACAAACCCAAGUCAACAAUUGAGUCAGUUAAACCCAGUCCCCUACAGCACUCGGACGAUGAGAGCGAUGAUGAGGAAGAAGUUCAAAAGCCCCAAGACAAGCCAGUUGGUGUAAUUCCUUUCACUGGUGCUCCUGAUAAAUCUCCUCUCAAAGAAGAUACAAAGCCUAGGGAAGUUAUUUCUUUCAAAGCAGAAGAAAGUUCAACAACAAUUCAAACCAAAGUCAAAUCCGUAAGCACCAUUGUAGAUUCAGUAGAUAGCCAGGCCAGCAAACCAUUUGAUCCGUUUGCAAGCAUAAAAGACAAACAGGUCCCAACCAAGCAAGAAGACAAGCCCAAGUCACCAGCUGAGUCAGUGAAACCAACCCCAACGCAGUAUUCUGACGAUGAAAGUGAUGAGGAGUUUGGAAUUUCAAAGCCCCAAGACAAACCUAUUAGUCAGCCAGCUCCUUUGGUAGCUCCUUCAAUCAGUGCUGGGGAUAAAUCUCCCGUUAAGCCUGAUGAAAAACCAAAGUCGGUCGAGCUCAAAGACGAUAAGAUCCCAACAGAGCUAGACAAACCCAAGUCAACAAUUGAGUCAGUUAAACCCAGUCCCCUACAGCACUCGGACGAUGAGAGCGAUGAUGAGGAAGAAGUUCAAAAGCCCCAAGACAAGCCAGUUGGUGUAAUUCCUUUCACUGGUGCUCCUGAUAAAUCUCCUCUCAAAGAAGAUACAAAGCCUAGGGAAGUUAUUUCUUUCAAAGCAGAAGAAAGUUCAACAACAAUUCAAACCAAAGUCAAAUCCGUAAGCACCAUUGUAGAUUCAGUAGAUAGCCAGGCCAGCAAACCAUUUGAUCCGUUUGCAAGCAUAAAAGACAAACAGGUCCCAACCAAGCAAGAAGACAAGCCCAAGUCACCAGCUGAGUCAGUGAAACCAACCCCAACGCAGUAUUCUGACGAUGAAAGUGAUGAGGAGUUUGGAAUUUCAAAGCCCCAAGACAAACCUAUUAGUCAGCCAGCUCCUUUGGUAGCUCCUUCAAUCAGUGCUGGGGAUAAAUCUCCCGUUAAGCCUGAUGAAAAACCAAAGUCGGUCGAGCUCAAAGACGAUAAGAUCCCAACAGAGCUAGACAAACCCAAGUCAACAAUUGAGUCAGUUAAACCCAGUCCCCUACAGUACUCGGACGAUGAGAGCGAUGAUGAGGAAGAAGUUCAAAAGCCCCAAGACAAGCCAGUUGGUGUAAUUCCUUUCACUGGUGCUCCUGAUAAAUCUCCUCUCAAAGAAGUUACAAAGCCUAGGGAAGUUAUUUCUUUCAAAGCAGAAGAAAGUUCAACAACAAUUCAAACCAACAUCAAAUCCGUAAGCACCAUUGUAGAUUCAGUAGAUAGCCAGGCCAGCAAACCAUUUGAUCCGUUUGCAAGCAUAAAAGACGAACAGGUCCCAACCAAGCAAGAAGACAAGCCCAAGUCACCAGCUGAGUCAGUGAAACCUAGCCCAACUCAGUAUUCGGACGAUGAAAGUGAUGAGGAGUUUGGAAUUUCAAAGCCCCAAGACAACCCUAUUAGUCAGCCAGCUCCUUUGGUAGCUCCUUCAAUCAGUGCUGGGGAUAAAUCUCCCGUUAAGCCUGAUGAAAAACCAAAGUUGGUCGAGCUCAAAGACGAUAAGAUCCCAACUGAGCUAGAUAAACCCAAGUCAACAAUUGAGUCAGUUAAACCCAGUCCCCUACAGUAUUCGGACGAUGAGAGCGAUGAUGAGGAAGAAGUUCCAAAGCCCCAAGACAAGCCUGUUGGUGUAAUUCCUUUCACUGGUGCUCCUGAUAAAUCUCCUCUCAAAGAAGAUACAAAGCCUAGGGAAGUUAUUUCUUUCAAAGCAGAAGAAAGUUCAACAACAAUUCAAACCAAAGUCAAAUCCGUAAGCACCAUUGUAGAUUCAGUAGAUAGCCAGGCCAGCAAACCAUUUGAUCCGUUUGCAAGCAUAAAAGACGAACAGGUCCCAACCAAGCAAGAAGACAAGCCCAAGUCACCAGCUGAGUCAGUGAAACCUAGCCCAACUCAGUAUUCGGACGAUGAAAGUGAUGAGGAGUUUGGAAUUUCAAAGCCCCAAGACAACCCUAUUAGUCAGCCAGCUCCUUUGGUAGCUCCUUCAAUCAGUGCUGGGGAUAAAUCUCCCGUUAAGCCUGAUGAAAAACCAAAGUUGGUCGAGCUCAAAGACGAUAAGAUCCCAACUGAGCUAGAUAAACCCAAGUCAACAAUUGAGUCAGUUAAACCCAGUCCCCUACAGUAUUCGGACGAUGAGAGCGAUGAUGAGAAAGAAGUUCCAAAGCCCCAAGACAAGCCUGUUGGUGUAAUUCCUUUCACUGGUGCUCCUGAUAAAUCUCCUCUCAAAGAAGACACAAAGCCUAGGGAAGUUAUUUCUUUCAAAGCAGAAGAAAGUUCAACAACAAUUCAAACCAACAUCAAAUCUGUAAGCACCAUUGUAGAUUCAGUAGAUAGCCAGGCCAGCAAACCAUUUGAUCCGUUUGCAAGCAUAAAAGACGAACAGGUCCCAACCAAGCAAGAAGACAAGCCCAAGUCACCAGCUGAGUCAGUGAAACCUAGCCCAACUCAGUAUUCGGACGAUGAAAGUGAUGAGGAGUUUGGAAUUUCAAAACCCCAAGACAAACCUAUUAGUCAGCCAGCUCCUUUGGUAGCUCCUUCAAUCAGUGCUGGGGAUAAAUCUCCCAUUAAGCCUGAUGAAAAACCAAAGUCGGUCGAGCUCAAAGACGAUAAGAUCCCAACAGAGCUAGACAAACCCAAGUCAACAAUUGAGUCAGUUAAACCCAGUCCCCUACAGUAUUCGGACGAUGAGAGCGAUGAUGAGGAAGAAGUUCCAAAGCCCCAAGACAAGCCUGUUGGAGUAAUUCCUUUCACUGGUGCUCCUGAUAAAUCUCCUCUCAAAGAAGAUACAAAGCCUAAGGAAGUUUUUUCUUUCAAAGCAGAAGAAAGUUCAACCACAAUUCAAACCAACAUCAAAUCUGUAAGCACCAUUGUAGAUUCAGUAGAUAGCCAGGCCAGCAAACCAUUUGAUUCGUUUGCAAGCUUAAAAGACGAACAGGUCCCAACCAAGCAAGAAGACAAGCCCAAGUCACCAGCUGAGUCAGUGAAACCAACCCCAACGCAGUAUUCUGACGAUGAAAGUGAUGAGGAGUUUGGAAUUUCAAAACCCCAAGACAAACCUAUUAGUCAGCCAGCUCCUUUGGUAGCUCCUUCAAUCAGUGCUGGGGAUAAAUCUCCCGUUAAGCCUGAUGAAAAACCAAAGUCGGUCGAGCUCAAAGACGAUAAGAUCCCAACAGAGCUAGAUAAACCCAAGUCAACAAUUGAGUCAGCUAAACCCAGUCCCCUACAGUAUUCGCACGAUGAGAGCGAUGAUGAGGAAGAAGUUCCGAAGCCCCAAGACAAGCCUGUUGGAGUAAUUCCCCUCAAAGAAGAUACAAAGACUAGGGAAGUUAUUUCUUUCAAAGCAGAAGAAAGUUCAACAACAAUUCAAACCAACAUCAAAUCUGUAAGCACCAUUGUAGAUUCAGUAGAUAGCCAGGCCAGCAAACCAUUUGAUCCGUUUGCAAGCUUAAAAGACGAACAGAUCCCAACCAAGCAAGAAGACAAGCCCAAGACACCAGCUGAGUCAGUGAAACCAACCCCAACGCAGUAUUCUGACGAUGAAAGUGAUGAGGAGUUUGGAAUUUCAAAGCCCCAAGACAAACCCAUUAGUCAGCCAGCUCCUUUGGUAGCUCCUUCAAUCAGUUCUGGGGAUAAAUCUCCCGUUAAGCCUGAUGAAAAACCAAAGUCGGUCGAGCUCAAAGACGAUAAGAUCCCAACAGAGCUAGACAAACCCAAGUCAACAAUUGAGUCAGUUAAACCCAGUCCCCUACAGUAUUCGGACGAUGAGAGCGAUAAUGAGGAAGAAGUUCCAAAGCCCCACGACAAGCCUGUUGGAGUAAUUCCUUUCACUGGUGCUCCUGAUAAAUCUCCUCUCAAAGAAGAUACAAAGCCUAAGGAAGUUAUUUCUUUCAAAGCAGAAGAAAGUUCAACAACAAUUCAAACCAACAUCAAAUCUGUAAGCACCAUUGUAGACUCAGUAGAUAGCCAGGCCAGCAAACCAUUUGAUCCGUUUGCAAGCAUAAAAGCCGAACAGGACCCAACCAAGCAAGAAGACAAGCUCAAGUCACCAGCUGAGUCAGUGAAACCAACCCCAACGCAGUAUUCUGACGAUGAAAGUGAUGAGGAGUUUGGAAUUUCAAAGCCCCAAGACAAUCCCAUUAGUCAGCCAGCUCCUUUGGUAGCUCCUUCAAUCAGUGCUGGGGAUAAAUGUCCCGUUAAGCCUGAUGAAAAACCAAAGUCGGUCGAGCUCAAAGACGAUAAGAUCCCAACAGAGCCACACAAACCCAAGUCAACAAUUGAGUCAGUUAAACCCAGUCCCCUACAGUAUUCGGACGAUGAGAGCGAUAAUGAGGAAGAAGUUCCAAAGCCCCACGACAAGCCUGUUGGAGUAAUUCCUUUCACUGGUGCUCCUGAUAAAUCUCCUCUCAAAGAAGAUACAAAGCCUAAGGAAGUUAUUUCUUUCAAAGCAGAAGAAAGUUCAACAACAAUUCAAACCAACAUCAAAUCUGUAAGCACCAUUGUAGAUUCAGUAGAUAGCCAGGCCAGCAAACCAUUUGAUCCGUUUGCAAGCGUAAAAGACGAACAGGUCCCAACCAAGCAAGAAGACAAGCCCAAGUCACCAGCUGAGUCAGUGAAACCAACCCCAACGCAGUAUUCUGACGAUGAAAGUGAUGAGGAGUUUGGAAUUUCAAAGCCCCAAGACAAUCCCAUUGGGGAUAAAUCUCCCGUUAAGCCUGAUGAAAAACCAAAGUCGGUCGAGCUCAAAGACGAUAAGAUCCCAACAGAGCUAGACAAACCCAAGUCAACAAUUGAGUCAGUUAAACCCAGUCCCCUACAGUAUUCGGACGAUGAGAGCGAUGAUGAGGAAGAAGUUCCUAAUCCCCAAGCCAAGCCUGUUAAAUCUCAUUUAAAAGAAAAUAUAGGGCCUAGGGAAGUUAUGCCUUUUAAAGCAGAAGAAAGUUCAACAACAAUUCAAGCCAACAUAAUAUCUGUAAGCACCAUUGUAGAUUCAGUAGAGAGCCAAGUUAGCAAGCCUUUAAAAGAUUAUACUCAAGACCCAACAACAAACAAAAGUAUGCCAAUAAAACAACAGCUCCCGGAGGACAGGUCUGAUAUUAUUUCGUAUUGCGAUGAAAAUAGGUCUGUUCAACAGAUCGUGGAGGACACCAUAAGAGCUGGUGAUGCUGAAGUCCAAAAAAUUGUGGACGAAACUCUUAAGAGUGUUCAACAUACAAGAAACUUGGUUAUUGUUAAAGAUCAAUGCGUGAUUGAAGGUCGAUCAGUAGAACAAAUAGUGGAGGAAACACUUAAGAAUGCAAAGCUUAAACCUAAUAUAUCUAAAAAAAUGAUAAUGAGUCCACAAAAGGAUAAUGAGUCAGAAACAAAAGAAGUUAGACCAGUAGCCUACUUUGUAGAGCUUGAUAAUGAACAGAAGUCGUUAGCUCCCGUUAGAAAACCUAUAGUAAAGGCCACACAGCAAAAGGGAACCAAGAAAGAGUCAGGGAAAAUUGUGAGUGAAGUAAAAACAUCAACUAAGACUUCCGUUAGCAAAAGAACUGUAGGGGUCAAAGAUAAAUCCAAAGUCGAUGUUAAGCCCCCAUCUAUUUCCCAAACAAAAGUUAGGUCGACCCCAAAAAGGCAAACACCAGUUAGAAAGACAACAGCAACGGACAAAACAAAAGCGCCACAGAAAACUGAGUCCAGACGUUCUGUCACUAGCUCAACUUCAACCACCACCAGUUCGGCGUCCGCUACGAGUCGUGUUAUAAGUGAAUUACAUUUCGAGAGGUCUGCCAGCCCAGCAUCAAGUUCCAUUUUCUACGAGAGCCACCCGCAUGGCGAUGGUAGUCGCUCCACCACCCCUAGGCCAAGAGUUAAGACGGACGUAACGCAAAUACCCUACAAUGCCUCGACUCGGUCGUUCAGCCCGAAACCAAAGACCAUAAAGUCGGAAAAGACAACUUUUAAACAAACUAAAACUACUGCCACUCGAUCUACCAAAGAACUUACAGAGAAGAGUUCAAAGAAGACUGAUAGAGUCGGUAGCCAAGAGUACAUUGAGAAAAGGAAAACCCCGACACCGUCUGCUACCCACAGAUAUAUGCAGCCCACCCUGGCCCACAGCAUGCGAUAUGGCUUAAGUGGCGAUGGCGACAUUGGCCACAAUCUUUCACUGGCACCCCAAAAGUCACCAGUACCACCAAAAUCGCCAGCUCCGGCCCAACUUAAGAGCUCUCAAAAUACACAUUUAAAAAAAAGUGCCUUGACAAAGUCCACAUCUCAGAUAGCAAAGCAAAGUAACAUGUUUGCUGAAAAGAAACCAAUACAACCCCGUUCCCAGAUCAAAAGAGGCUCACAGAGUGAUAGCAAGGAGUCCCUGAAAAGCACCGACCGCCUAUACAAACGAGAAACAUCCAAAGAAAAUAAACUAACAAACGUGAUAGGCUCCAAGAGCCAAGCAACCAAAAGCAUGAGGACACAAUCAGCUAAUUCAGCCAAGACACUUGCCUACAAAACUUCCAUAGAAACCGACAACAAGCUUCAAAAGAAGACCACAGCCACUAUACAACAGCGCACCAAAGUUCCGAUAAGCGUGUCUUCCAGUGCAAGGACUGCAGCAAAGCUUAGCAAGAGUGAUGACACCGACAAGAGACCUCAGGUAGACAAUAAGAAAACAUUGAAGCGAACGGUUAGCAAAGCAAGUGAGGGAAGCGUCACCUCGUCCACCAUUUCAACCAGAAGUGUGCAGAGCUCCAUGGAGCCCAAGCUGCAAAAGAAGAUGAAGGACUCAAUGAACGAGACGAGUUCGAACUCAGGAAGCGGCACCACCAGUGCCAGUGGUUCUUCGAACAGUACGCGGCGUAGUGUGCGAUCCGUUAGCACGGUAAGUCGCAAGACGGACAAGGACUUGACCAACAUUCGACGGGCAGCGGGCGCUGUCGUGUCGACAUCGACUGUGCGGGUGCAUCGCGAACCAACUGCAACCACCGGCGCUGUUAGCACCGUGCUCGUUGAUGACGACUGUGAGGUGAUAACCAUACGUUCCAUUAAAUCAAGCGAUAGUACAAAAAGUUCUACCUCAUCAUCCUCCGGUAGCGGCAGCAACAGUCGCAAGGUGCUAACCAGCGAGGUAUUCACUAAGACUUUCGGCCCCGAUAAGCCGCUUGAGGUUGUCUACCGGCAGCCUGAGUUCGAUGUAGAACACCACACCAUCAUGUCAGUGCGACCGCCCUCAACAAGUAGCGAUCAACAAAGGUGCAUCAACGAGUUCGAUGUAAGCUUUAUCGACACCACCGACUCCAGUCUCUCGGACUCUGUUGCUCUGCCCAUGUUCGGCUCUGGGGAUCCGGAGCGUCUUUUAGCCGCCAGCCCUGGAUCGCCCAAGCCGACCCGCAGUCCCUUAGCCCUCAUCGAGGAAACCCUGCGUCGCCAGCAACAGCACCACCAUCAACAUCAACAGUACCAACACAGUAGCGUGGUUCAAUCCGGUGCUGGUGCCCUUGAUCCUCCACAGCCCAUGCCAGUGCCCUUCGGAGAGAGUCAACGGGAGGCUGAGGUGGAGGUCGAGAAGAGCAGCACUUCAAGAGCAAACUUGAAUAACUAAAGCCGUCAAACUUAAGCAAUAAUAUACCCAAUAAAAACCCUUCAAACAAUCAACAAGACAAUGUC